CCGAGGCUAUCCGAGCAGUCGAAGAGCUUCGGAGCCAGGGGUGCACACGUCGGAGUGCCAGGUAACAAGGCAGCCGACCAAGUAGCGAAAGAGGCCACUAGAAGCAACCUAAGCACGAGAGCGAACACUAAACGGCCGCCAGAAGCAGACUCUCUACGAACACUCAUGGCAACCACCAAGUCCAUCAUCCGUCGAGCGAGAAGAGCCGAGUGGGACACGGCCUAG